AUGGUAACACCAGGGGAAGAUGAACUACAAGACUCGCAUGAUUCUUCAAGUAAGAACGAAAAAUUCAAAGAGCUAUUCUAUACCAUGGUGGAAGACUUUUGUGCAUCACUAAUAUACCAGGAAGCAGAUGAAGAGCUUUUGAAGACAUUAUACGAAAUAUUUACGUAUCUCAAUUUAUUAAAGUUGUCUAGAUUCACUUUAGAGUACUCUGAAAGCGGUAAGGUGGAAAGCGAUGAUAUUCUUGGAUUAUUUCCUGCUGAUUCUUUUUUUGCCAAAAGAUAUCGGCUCAUCUUAGCAUAUUUAAACAGUUUCAACAGUGGUCGAAUAGCAUAUGAAAACGAACUUGAAUCUAUCACUGAACGAUUGAGCUUUUUAAAGCCAAUAAAAGUCGAUUUUGAUUCUCAAAUUGAAAUUAACAAGCAAAAGAAAGUAUUUAAUGUAUCUCUACAUGCCGAUAGUGGCAAUGAGUUAAGCUGGACUUCUGUUAUAGAUGAUAUAAAUUCAGCAGUAAAAGGGAAUCUAGAUAAGCUUAAAGCUCAAGAAUUUGGGAAAGGCAGAGCAAAACUCUUGGACUCAUAUUUUUUACUGGAGAGUCCUCUCGAAAGGAUCCAAUUUAGUUUUCCUGACUGGACCUCUCAAGACAAUAAUAAGAUGCUGAGUGCUUCUCCACCCUUGAAGGAAACUAACUUGGAGGAUGAAAAUGUAAAGGAAGAUGGAGGUGACUCAGAGACUCAUACAAAUGGUAUUGAUAAUGCGAAAGAAGCGAGGGAAGUAUCUGUUGAAAAGGUUGAAGAGGAUCCCAAUCUCAUUCAAAGUGAUGUUAACUUGCCACAAAAUGGGGAAGAAAAUAACCACUCUAAAGAUGAAGGCUCACCUAAUAUUGAAGACCGGGAGGAGCCAUCUAAUAUACAGAGAGAAGAAGAUACAGAAACCAAAAAUAUAGAAGAUGAACCUUUAGAGAAUAAAUCUAGAGACCCCAAAAACCAGUCAGGGACCAUUAAUUCAGAUAAUUCAAGUCAAAGGACCUCAAAACGAUUCAAAUCUCGACAAGACAUCAAUAACUUUGAUUACAAAGUCUCCCGAAAUGACUUUUAUGAAACUGUACUGUUUUUUGAAAACAUGAAUAAGUAUCUAAAGCACAUUGCUAAUUGCCCUUCUCUUGGUAAUAUAGUUGAUUUAUACGUCCCUCUUGAAAACGAAGCUUCUGAAUUACCAGUUUAUAUGAAAGACUACCUUGAGAUUCUAAAUGACUUCAAAAAUAGUCAUGCCAAAUUAUUAGUUUCAAACAAACUUGGUAACUCAAAGCAAAGGAAUAGCUCGAAUGAAGAUGAAAAGGUUAUGUUGUUUGACGUUCUCAACACCUUUGGAAGUAAAAGCAAUUCCUUAACUUCAAAAUUCGCAGAUAAUACUCAACCUAUUUCUUAUCUUGAAACAUCUGAUGGCAUCAAUGACUUUCUAAGUAAUGUCACGAAUGACUCAUACCAUUAUAGGGAUCUCAAGAUCGCAAUAUUGAAUAGGCUCCUAGGUAUUCGCGAGGACUAUGCAUCAAAUUCUGUAUGCUUGAUAGUCGAUACAACGUGGGAUCUAGAGUUAUACUUGAGAAUUAGGGAAUGGUCGAUACAAUUUGAAACUGAAAUAUUCUCAUGUUUGAAAUUGAAUUCUUUUGCUUCAAAUAAAACUCGAGAUAUGUCGUUGGCCGUGAGUAUUUAUGAAAUACUCAUAGACUAUUAUAUUACGAUUCGAGAUAAGCUUAAUGGUUUACUUUCAAGUAAUUUGCGAAGUGGAUCUGUGAAAUCUUCAAAGGCCACUAUCAACUCUUUGGCUGUCGAAGUGGUCAGAGUGAACGAUAAAAUAAAGAAAUGGUAUAAUUUUUUGGGAUGUGAGAUUUUUGAUAGCUUUGGAGAUUGGCAAAAGCUGAUGGGUGUAGUCAUGAAACUCAGAUAUAGAUAUAUCUGGAGUUCUUUAUUCAAAGAAAAGUCCCAAAGCACUAUUAUGAAAGAUACCAAAUUCAUAAUGCGGGAAUUGCAACAAUUACAUGACAGUAUCGGAAAUAUUGGCGAGCCUUUCGUGAUAGCUCUACCAAACUAUUUGAACAUAAGCGAAAUUAGUAUUGAAAGUAUAAAAUCGCAAUUGACGACGACGUCGGUUUUGUCUAUGUUCGCAAAGAUUCUCUCUACUGAUUCAGAAGGGAACACUGACGAAGCUGUAUACCUCUUGGAAAGCAUUCUUAUUGACUCGCCUACUUCAAGAAACAGUGAAUUCGAAGACAAUGAGACCUCUAAGGCUGACAAAGUAGCCGUUGACUCUAUUAAGGGCUUUUUAUCCAAGUCUCCCGUAGAUAUGAAACUCAGCCUAUGGAAUAUUUUAUUUCUGUACUACAAUGAUAAAAGCUGUUUUGAAAGAUUGCAAUUUGGAUUUCAGGAAUGCUUGAAUUUCAUUAUAUGCUUUUUGGAAAGUCAUUGCUUCUGCACUCUUCCUUCAAAAGAAAGAGAAAGCACCAUCUUAAGAAUGCUAGGAUUUUAUGAUGAAUGCGUAAAGAUUAUGCUUCAACAUUUGAGCAAAAGAGAUUGGAAUCUAAGCGUUUCAGAUAAUGGCUUGUCUGUAUCUUUGAAUUUACUACUAAAGUUUUUUGGAAUUCUUUAUUUAUUUAGCAUUCAUGAGGAAGCUUCGAUUAUAUCUAGCUUAAAGGUGUCAAUUAAUUCCAGAUCAACGGCAGCUUAUGAGCUUUUCAAAGAUAUGAUUGUGAGAACUAUAACUGCCAUUAUAAUAUAUUAUAAGGCUUGUUUGCUUCAAUCAAGUGAAGAAAUUAUCUCUAGUUCUACUAAUGAUGAGCUAGUUGCUGGUUUUUUAAAUCUAAUUCAUGAUCAACUCGGUCCUAGAAAGCUAUGUGACAGUGCGCUGGGUUUAUUCUUGAGAAUGGCUCAGGAUAUAUUGUUAAACUUAAGCUUUGUGCCACAACAUGAAUUAUUACAAAUAGUAUCAUGUCGAUAUCACUACACCAUCAGCAUUGACAAUUUCUCCCCAGCAGAUCAUGAGACUGAAGUCGCAGAUAAAUUGGAUAGGUCCUCCACCUAUGGCCUUGCCAAGUUUAUUUUGCCGUUGUGUUUUCGUCGGAAUCCUUUAAUUCAUACACCGAAGCAGGAUUUGAGGCUCUUAAUUGACGACUUUUAUGAAGUAAUUGGUAAUCCUGAUUUUGAAAAUAAUGUUGCGCUCAGCAGAAAUGAUGCUACUUUUAGCUCAUUCCUCGAGCUUACAAAUAUCAGCCCGAAACUCAUUCGUGACUCCUUCUAUGGUUUAGUGAGCUUGGACUUCAACGAUUCUGAUUCUGCGGACGAUGAAAUUGUUAAAAAUGGCUUGUACUAUUUACAAGGUUUAUUGAUAUUUGCUUCGUAUAAGAUUCGUAAAAAGAAUAUGCAAAGCAGAGCAGUUGAAUUGGAAAAUAUUAUAAAGUUACUAAAAAAUGAUUUAAUAUUUUGCUCUUAUAGAAUGGAAAGCUGGCUUCUUUUAGGUCAGGCGUAUGGUUUUUUGGUAGAAGACGAUCUAAUUUGGACUUCUGACAAAUUGAACAUAGUAGAAAGAAAAGUUGGAACUGCAAAUCUACAAAGAAAAUCUCUCAUAUGUUAUUUUAUGGCAGUUAAUCAAUCAACAAAAACUGAAUCAUCCUCUGAAAGAGAGCAGAUCAAGCCUUUGAUAGGAAUUUUGAUGUCUUCACUAGCAAAGGAGAUGUAUAAUGCUUGCAUGCAGCCUAUGGAUAUGUUUGCGUUUAAAGUUCAAGGUAACCCAAGAUUUAUAAGAAAACCAUCAGGAGCAGCAUUUGUAAAUAUAUCCACCAAUAGUUUGGUAAGUAAAAAGUCCUGCCUAAACAUAAUUCAACAAACAUUGCAUUUAGCUAUUAAGUCUAAACCUAAAGAUUGGACAGGCUAUUAUUACUUAGCUAAAGUUCAAAGAAAACUCAAAAAGGAUCCAGAAUUAGUGAUCAAAACGCUAUUCAAAGCGGGUGCCCUUUCUAAAAGACAAUCGAAUCUUUCAGAUCCUGUAAUUGAACCACACUAUGCGAUUUGUUCUGUCAUUUACAAAUACGUGAAAAAUGACGCACUUUCAAUAGAUCAGGCUCUUGACUUUUUAUCACAAGAACCCGUGAUACAGUUCGAUCGGACGGAGAAGACUGUACAAAUUGUAUCAAAGCAAGACUUUUAUCGAGUUGUGGUGGAAUGUUUAAAACGAAUAAUCGCUUAUGAUAAAAAGAAGUGGCAUCACAAACCUCGAUACAGACUUGCUAAGGUUUUAUUCGAUGACUUGGGAAAUAGUAAAGAUGCAAUAACCGAAAUGUCUUCUUUUGUCUCUUUAAAAGCAACAAGCAAGACUCUAGUUCUGAUUUGGAAGCCAGAACAUGAACGCCCGGGGAAGCACUUUUAUUAUACUUUCCAAUACAUUCAGCUAUAUAUUAGACUUUUAGCUCAUGAGAAAGAUAUGAUUGGGCUAAUCCAAAUGCUCCCCAAGCUUCGUCGCUCUAAUGCAACGAUGAUUUCUUUGUACUAUGCGUGGGAAAAGUUGUGUUCAACGAUAUGCAAAAUACUUAGGAAUCUGUUGGACGUAGACGAUAGUUUUACCGAAAACUUUUUGCAAGAAAACACUUACCAAAACUUCAUGAAAGAAUCUAAGUUUGUUCUCGAUAUACUUAAGAAAGAUGGGAUUCCUAAGGACUUGGUAGCCCAUAUUUGCUUUCUUCAAGCUAUUAAUGACAUGAAAAAGUUCAAUAAUGGGUUUGGACCCACGUCUUUGAUAGACGACACUAUCGUUGCGAUUUACAUUAGAAUUUUUCAAUAUGUUCUUCGAAAUAAAGGAGAAAAGAACAUAUCAAAUGAAAAUUUUAUGGAAUCUCCAAGCGGUAAGAUUAAGAAACUUGCAAAGAGAGAUGUCUUUCCAUUCACGGCUGACAUUUUGAAGAGUCUUAAAAGAAGCGUUGAAGGUGCUCUUAAAGAUGACCCAAAUAUUUACAACAAAUUCGUUAGCGAUUCAGAUAUAGAAGACAAAAAGAAGUCAAAUGAAGGCUCCACAUCUAAUGAUGGAAUCCACAAUGAUAUUUUGAAGACACCGGAAAUCGGUGCUUCAAGUGUCAUGUCAGAAGAGAGUGCUGUCGUGAAUGAUAACUUUUCUGAUCUUAAUAUUACAUCCCCUGACUCUAGUGGACAAAAGGCGAACGGGCAAUUAAUUUUUGGUGCCACUAUAGAAACCAAUGUAUCUCAGCACAACGGAGAACCUGCUAGCAAAAAGCAGAAACUCGGAGCCAAAGGUGCAACUUUAGCUGAGAAUGGGACAACAGACAACAUGUACAAUGAAUCCGUAGAGACAAUCAACGGCGAGGAAUUUCAUGAUGCAAUCAGCGAACCAAGUGACUUGCAAGUCACAGCCAAUGCUGGAGACAUGAGAGAUAAUGAAAAUGGUUCUCAAGAAAAGAAUAGCAUACAUCGAUCACCCUCUAGUGCAGAGAGUAAAUCUUUCGAAGAUAACGAUAAAGCGAGAGAGUCUAACUCAGCUGGCAUUAAUUUGGUGGAAGACCAAGGCUAA